AUGAAAUCAUAAUCUUUAUCUAAAUAUUAACACAAUAACAGGUCAUUCAUUAUACAACGACGAUUGGUAUAAUUUGAAUAUUAUAGAAGAUUAGACAACCUACUUAAUCACCUUAAAAUAAGGAUGAGCUUUCUUUCUAAAAUUAUUUCACUGAAUAGUCAAAUCUCAAAUCUUAAGCUUCAAAAAAAGAAAUUAUAAGAUUGAUUUAGUCUUCUUAUGAUAGUAUAGAGAAAGACAUUGACUUUUAAGAGUUAAAUAUUGUUUUGACGAAACUACUUGAAGGAUUGAAAACUUGUCUUGAUGAGUAAGAUUUGUCACUAACACUGAUCCAACUUAUAUAAGCAAUCAAAAAAACUAUAAAGAAUAACUAAAUCAAUUUAGAGAAAAUCUAUGAUUAUGAAAAAGCCUAAAUAUUGUUAAAAUUAUAACAAUUAGAAUAAUAAUCUACAGAGAAUGAGAAAAAAUUGGGUAAUUAUAUUUUGUCAUUUUAGAAAAAAAGCUGAUGGAAUAUGAAAAUCAAAACAGAAUACUAAAAUUAUAGAAUGAAUUAAAUCAAAUUAAGAAAGGUAAAGUCACAAAAGAAAAGCUUGAAGAUCAUAACUAAUAUAUAAUUUAAAUUAAAGAUAUGAGACAAGAAAUCCUUUCAAGAUCAGAGAAAAAACAUAAGUUAAUAAGGUUGGUUAAGGCAAUGAAAUCAAGAGGGAUAGAUGUUGAAAAAUUUUAUUAAAAUCUCGAUAACUAAUGUAGUAAAGAAAGCAAAAAAACUACUAAACAAUCUGAUUCGUUAAGAGAGCAAAUUUCAUUCGCUGAAUCAAAUUUAGCAGAUAUUUCUUAAUUAGAUUUCAGUCCUAAUCUAAUUAAGAGACACACUCAAUAUUUAAUUGAUUGA